CCCUGCCUUCCUCCAAGAAGAAAGGAGAACAGAGCAACAGGAAGGACUCUGCCAGAUCGAGCCUUCUUCUCCCUCUCAAUAUCUCUUCAGACACCGGAGAGAGCAGAGCAAGAGGAUCUCAGUCUUAACUUCUUAAGCAAAAAACGCACGCACGUAGAGAUCAGAGAACGCGCAGGGCGUGCACGGUGCAUGGGUCUCCUGGACCAGCUUUGGGACGACACGGUGGCCGGGCCUCGCCCGGACUCCGGCCUCGGCAAGCUCCGGAAGUACGCCUCCUUCUCGCCCUCCUCCUCCUCCUCGGUGUCCGCGGCUGCGGCCUCGCCGCCGGCCGCUGAGGGGGCGAGCCGCGCCGUGCCCGUGCCUCCCGUGACGCGCAGCAUCACCAUGCUCCGCCCCUCGGCGCUGUCCGUCGCCACGUCGCCGCGCAGCGAGUCCAGCUCCGCGCCGUCUUCGCCGGCCAGCGGCGCCCCGGACUCGCCCUUCGGCGCAGCCACGACGCCCAAGGGAGAGGGCUGGAAGAAGCUGCGCCGGAAAGGCAGGAUGGCCGCCGCCGACGGCGCCGACACCCCCGGCACGCCGAGGAGCCCCACCGUCUACGACUGGUGCGUGCCUCAACUUGCCUCCAAACAGCUACGAAGUACUAGUAUCUAAAACUCCAACGUGCAUAUCUAGCUAGCUGCUUAUCGUGUCACUGAAGAUCCAAAAGCAUAAAUCACUGAUAUUUCUGAACGUAUACUAAGAUGGUUUACGUACAACGACCAAGACACGCAAGAACCUUGCUUGGAUAAUUGGAUUUGAUACGAUGUUGUCUGAUCUGCGUGUCUCGGCCGGACUCUGGCGGCAGGGUGGUGAUCAGCUCGCUGGACCGGUGAAGUAGCCGACCGGGCCCAGCUGCUGCCCAAGACACAAGAACUGAACUGCACAAGGAAACCAUCAGCAGCUAGCAAACUGAAGACGGAUUCCUCUUUCAGAGCUUCUGAUGAUGGUUCUAUGUGCUGUACAUGUUAAAAAUAUGCCAUCUUCUUGUAAAUCCCCGUGUGAGUUGCUGCUAGUUCUGUAAGCUCUACUAGUAAAGCUCCUCAGCAGCUCGUGCAUGUCACCGUAUCCGUGUACAAAGCUGCCCAAGCCUUGAAGUGAAAGCAGAACCUGAUGUCGCUGAUGCUGGCGAGGUCGAUGUAGCAGAGUCGUGGCAACGCUGUAUGAGUGACCGCGUAGCGUCCCCUGCUUUGUAAGGCGCUACUCGCCUACUCCAGCACGAGCUGCUGCUGUGUAGAAAGUAAAAAAGAGUACUCGGCAAUAAUGCGUGUGGUUGGGUGUUCUGGAUAAAUGUAAAUCCGGUAGAACACUUUCGCCAAUGUCUUAUCAUGCUUAUCCCAGAAAUAUCUUGUCAUGGGCGUUGAUUGUUUACCAA